AUGAUUAUUUUUAAUAAUUUCAAAGAAAGAGAAAUAGAUAAAUUACAUGAGAUAAAUCAUUUGAUAAAUAUCUUAUCAUUGACAAAUAAAAAUUAUCCACCUCAAAUGGAGAAUAUUACUACAUAUGGGAUAACUUUAUUAAACUUUUUUUAUCAUAUAACGGUUAAUAUUCUAAAUGAAGUUAUAAAGAUUAAAGAAAGCGAAGUUAUUUUAUAA